AUGUCCGAAGCCUACGAGCGAGAGCGCCAGAACAAUGCGCGCCUCGAUGAACUAUCCUCCAAAGUCUCCGCCCUUCGCGGCAUAACAGUCGACAUCUACGAUAACGCACGAGCCCAGGAUGUUAUUGACAACACCUCCGAUACUUUCUCCUCCAUGACCACACAGAUGAAGGGUUCCGCCGGUCGUCUAACUCGCAUGGCUGCAUCUGGAAACCGUGUUGCGAUCCUCAAACUUUCAGGAAUUGUGAUUGGCGUUUUCUUGGUGUUGUUCUACGGCGCAAAACUAUUUUUCUAA